CGAACGAUGAACGUUCUGAACCAGCUCGUUUCGGCUGUAUGAAAAUGACCUAGGCAUAAUCUGUCCCACAUUAAAACCACAAGUUGAUCCCUGUGUUCUUCCAGUCCCCCCAUUCUGGAAAGCAUGAAUAACAGGUAUUUUGACGCGAACACACCGAAGGUAGCGGCGGUCGUGGGGUUCUACAUGUCCGCCGCACUGGUGUGCAGGAACAAAGCUGUUCUUAAUAGUUCACCGGAUUUACCGCUGCUAUUCCUCCUCCUGCAGCUUCUCAUCGCAGUCUUGCUUCUCCACGUGGCGGCUAUGUUCAUUACACGUGUCGAGAUACCCAAGCUCGAGCUUGGAACCGCGAAGAAGCUCACACCUGUGGUCCUUGUCAACAUUAUCGGACUCAUUUUUAAUACGCUCUGCCUUCGUGAUGUCGAAGCCUCUUUCUUCCAAAUUGCGCGUGGCCUUGUCCUACCUCUGACCAUCGUUGUGUUCUCUGCACACACUCGCACUGUGCCUUCUAUUCGAGUUGGAAUUGCUGCCGGGUCAGUUACCAUAGCACCGUCUGCAGCAGUUCCCUCCCACGUUGCACCUUCAAGUCUUUCCCUGUUAUAUGGUCUCCUCUCGUCGCUUUUUAUCGCUUUCCAUGCUGUUCUUAUCAAGUCCUCCCUCCCUUAUUGCAACAACUCAACCAUUCAACUUGCAUACUGGACUAACUUGGGCUCUGCAAUCUUCCUUCUCCCUUUCGUCUUGCUUCACAGAGAAAUUUUUAUCCUUGAGGACCUUAUCCACGAUUCGAAUUGGGACGGACAAGUAUUCCUAUGGGGGAGUGUCGUGACUGGCAUUUUCGGUUUCUUACUUUGUAUCGCUGGCCUGCUCAGCAUCAAGGUUACAAGUCCUAUCACACAUAUGUUCUCUAGCGCCUUAAGAUCUGUUAUUCAAACCCUGCUGGGUGUCUGGAUAUUCAAGGACAUCAUGACGGUGUAUGUACUCGAUUCUGAUCCAUAAGGUCUUCGAGAUGAACUCUAUCUUCGCACAGCAAUCGCGCAAGUUCUAUUCUGGUUAUCAUGAUAGGCACCGUUUAUUACACCUGGAUCAAAUCGUUGGAAACCGCACCUCCGCCGCGCAAGGAUGUUGACCUCGAGGCUAUAGGAAAUAGAAAACGCGAAGA